AUGGGACUUUGCAAAUGUGCCAAGAAAAAAGUGACAAGUUUAUUUUGUUUCGAACAUCGAGUGAACGUUUGCGAGUAUUGUUUGGUGGAAAAUCAUUGCAAGUGUGUUGUUCAAAGUUAUCUGUCAUGGUUGGCGGACAGUGAUUAUGAUACAAACUGUACGCUAUGUUCUAUGUCAUUAGAAUCUAAGGAAACUGUUCGCUUGAAAUGUUUGCAUCUGUUCCACUGGGAAUGUUUAGAUGAAUGGGCACGUCAUUUACCAGGAAAUACAGCUCCAGCUGGCUAUAAGUGUCAGCAGUGCCAGGAAGGUAUAUUUCCAGCUCCUAAUCAAACAUCACCAAUUAUUGAACGUUUACAAGCUGUGUUGCAACAGGCAAACUGGGCACGAGCUGGACUUGGAUUAUCCUUAUUACCAGAACUUGAUAGUUUACCAUCAUCUGCAUCAGUCAUUCCAUCGAUGAUAACACAUUCGGUAAGUGGAAAACAGAAUUAUGUAAAUGAACACGAUAUUUUGUAUGAAGCGAAUCUCAACGUUGGCAAUAUUCGUAGUGAUACAUCGGCGACAGUAGUUGACGUAGGGGACGAAUAUAAUCGGCAGGAACAGCAACGUCAAUUUACUGCCAGAAAACCUAUGAAUCUGAAUGAAAACAAUUAUGCGAUUCCAAGUUCUUUAUUAUUUUCAAAAGUUCGUGACGAAGAUUUACCAGAAAACAAGUAUAAACGAAGAUCAGCUAGUGAAUGGCUAAAUCGCUGGUUUAGAUCGCGAUAUGGUAAGCGUCCUGUUUUCGAUCCUCGUGCACAGUGGAAACGUGGAUUUUUUUAUAUUAUAGUUUGCAUUAUAAUAAUGAUGACAGUAUUUACCAUACUUCCACGUUUCAUAAGUAACCGAUCGAAUGAUGACCCAGCGUUCAAUCCACUCGCUAAUCCAGACAUUCGUAUUGCAUUUCCGGAACAAAGUCAGUAA